AAGAAUUCGCUUUUAUUCAAUUAAUUCUCGUGUAAGAGGAAUAGCCUCAGCUCUUGUUUUGAGUCAAACCACUCAAAAUAGGGCUUAAAAAAGCACGUCUCUUACUAGUUAGGUCAUCGAACUUUUUUGUAACUGUAAUCGCAUAGCAUAACAACAGACAGAACUGAAUUUGCAAGAUCAUCCUUAGCUGAAUUUGAAUAAUUUUUAUAAAAUUAAUAGAAUGGACCGGCUAUUGAGACUUGGUGGUGGAUUAGCCAGUUUGGGCCAGGCACCUCCUCCCACUGAUGGAGCAGUAGUUGAUACUGCCGAGCAGGUGUACAUAUCAUCUCUUGCAUUGCUUAAGAUGUUAAAGCAUGGGCGAGCUGGUGUUCCAAUGGAAGUUAUGGGUUUGAUGCUUGGAGAAUUUGUUGAUGACUAUACAGUGCGUGUAAUAGAUGUUUUUGCCAUGCCUCAGUCUGGGACUGGUGUAAGUGUAGAAGCUGUUGAUCCAGUCUUCCAAGCAAAAAUGUUAGAUAUGUUAAAACAAACUGGAAGACCUGAAAUGGUUGUUGGCUGGUACCAUUCUCAUCCUGGAUUUGGUUGUUGGUUGUCUGGAGUUGACAUAAAUACUCAACAGAGUUUUGAAGCUUUAUCUGAAAGAGCAGUUGCUGUUGUCGUUGACCCUAUUCAAAGUGUUAAAGGAAAGGUAGUAAUCGAUGCUUUUCGUUUAAUCAAUCCAAAUAUGGUGGUCCUUGGUCAAGAACCUAGACAGACAACUUCAAAUCUGGGUCAUCUUUCUAAACCUUCUAUACAGGCUCUUAUUCAUGGUUUGAACAGGCAUUAUUAUUCAAUAUCAAUUAAUUAUAGGAAGAAUGAACUGGAACAAAAGAUGCUUUUGAAUCUUCACAAAAAAAGUUGGAUGGAUGGCUUGAUGCUGCAAGAUUACAACGAGCAUUCUAAUACAAAUGAAAAGACUGUCUCCGAGAUGCUAGAAUUGGCUAAAGCUUAUAACAAGUCUUUAGAAGAAGAAGACAAAAUGACUCCUGAACAACUAGCUAUUAAAAAUGUUGGGAAACAGGAUCCAAAGAGGCAUUUAGAAGAACAUGUUGAUUCUUUAAUGAAUUCAAAUAUUGUUCAGUGCUUAGGUGCUAUGUUGGACACUGUUGUCUUUCAAUGACAUUACUAAUCUCUUGUUUCUCACAUUUUAAUAAAUUCACUAUGCUACAGA